AUGUGCGCCUAUCAUAAUCCUGGGUACCCUCCAAACUACCCAGAAACUCCUUAUUAUGCCAACUUUCAGCCAAACAGUCAGGAAUAUAUUCCAGCUGCACCACGUACAGAUGGUAAUACUGGGAUGUCAUUUAUCCAAAAUCAGUUUAUUCCCGACUUGGCUGUCCGUUAUGGGUCAGCUAUGUUUGAUGAAGGUGCAAACUUUGUCCAUAAGAAUGUUGACCAAUAUGUUAAUCGAUUUCGCAUAAAAUACUACUUUUCUGUUAAUAAUUCAUACGUUGCCAAAAAGAUCGGGCUGAUCUUGUUUCCGUUUGCUCAUACAAAAUGGGGUGUAAAUUAUGAUCCUGUGGGACCGGUUCCUCCAGGAGAUGAUAUAAAUGCUCCUGAUUUGUAUAUUCCUCUGAUGGCUUCCAUCACAUACAUACUUCUGAGUGGUGUUAUAUUUGGAUUUCAAGGUCGUUUUUCACCUGAGUACCUUGGGAUUUUAUCCAGUGAAGCUUUUGGUUGGUUAUUGCUUGAAGUUUUAUUAUCUCUUUUUGCAAUCUACAUCCUCAAUAUUCAGAACAAUAUUUCUUAUUUAGAUAUAGUUGCUUAUUGUGGUUAUAAAUUUGUCAGCAUGAUAGUUGUAUUGAUUAGUUAUAUUGGUUUGGAUCGACCAGGCUAUUAUUUUAGUUUACUGUAUACUAGUUUAGCAUUGGCAUUUUUCCUCAUAAGAAGCCUCAAACUCAAAAUUCUUCCACAUGUUGAAGCAUAUCCAUCUGAGUGUAAUAAACGCCGAUUAUAUUUACUACUUCUGAUUGCCUUCAUUCAACCAUUAAUGAUGUGGUGGUUGACACGUCGUGUUAUCCUGUAG